AUGUGGGAGGAGAGCGAAGAGCCAGAAUAUGUCGCGGCAGCCGGGGAUCGCAUCCAGUUGAAGGUGCGGUCGCCGGAGGGGGACGGCAUCUCGGUGGCCUGCUCCGAGGUGAUUCUGCCCAGCGCCAGUGGGCAGUUGGGGGUGCUGGCCAACCACGCCCCCAUGAUGUCGGCCCUGGACACGGGCGUCCUGCGCUACAAGGAGGAUGGCGUAUGGAAGCCCAUUGUUGUUCUGGGGGGCUUCGCCAGCAUCGAUGCCAACUCGCUGUCCAUCCUGGUGAACGACUUCGAGAAGGCGGAUGACAUCGACGCAGCAGAGGCGCAGAAGCAGCUGGAGGCUGCCACGGCCAUGAUGGAGAAAGCGGAGUCGAAGAAGGACAAGCUGGAAGCAACCAACAAGGUGAAGAAGGCGGCAGCCCGUUUGCAGGCAGCCAUGUUCUUGUCCAAGAAGUGA